AUGAUGAAGGACGCGUCGGGGCGAAGUAUCCGCCCUUUCGACCUUGUCGCGUUCAAGUCCACAGGCGGCGGCGCUCAUGGCGACCGCGGUGGGGUGCUGAACGAAAGGCCCGGCGAGGGCAACACGCUUGCCGUGCUGUGUGUCGACGGCGGCAAGGUCGAUGGAGUAAAGCCCAGCGAGAUCACUGUCGUCGACCGGAGUUACCUUUACCCAGGCAUCGUCGUCGCCUCGGCAUCGGACACCGGCGGCCAGCUCGGGGUCGUCACAGGCGUCGACCGAGCGCUGGACCUGGUCCGGCUGGACGGCGAGAACAAUGCAGCGGCGCCGGUCGCUGGAGGCGUGUCCCCCGGCGAGCUGCGGCGCGUCAGAGUGCUCAACCUCGGCGACUACGUCGUGUCCGGCCCCUGGCUCGGCCGGGUCGUCGAAGUGUCCCUCGACGUCGACGUGGCGUUCGACGACGGCGCCGUCUGCAGGGUCGCAGACGCGUGCCGCAAACUGAGCUCCUUGCGCGGCGGGGACGGCCUGAGCCGCCUCAGGAACAGUGCUUUCUACCCAGGGCAGCUCGUCGUCGGCCACCGGUCUGUUUUCAGGGCAUCGCCGUGGCUCAAGGGCUACUGGAAGCCCAGCCGUGAGAGGGGCACCGUAGCCAAGGUGGAGAUGGCCGGCGUGCUCGUCUACUGGAUCGCCUCGUCUAGUACUACUACUGACAUCGAGGCGUCGGCACUUCCAGCGUACCAGAGAAACCCUCAGAGUCUGACCUUCUUCUGCUCCCCACCCAGCUGCUACUGGACCAUCGGCGACCGCUGCUUCUUUCGCACCCCCGGCGGCCACCGCGCGCCGCCGGCAGAUGACAAGGAACAACUGACAAAGUCGAACCGGAGCCGGCCUGGGCGGAUGGCGAUGAAGCGGGUCCGACGAGGAGUGGACCGAAGCCACGCGCACACGGAGUUCGAGCGGCCGAUGUCCGUCGCCAGCACCCGCACGACGGCCGACGUGCUGUGGCAGGACGGGACGCGGCAGCGUGGCGUGGCGUCGGAGUCCCUGCUCCCCUUCGUGACACGGAACGUGCACGAUUUCCUCCCGGGGCAGCACGUUGUUCGAGCCCGCGGCGGUGACGGUUCUGCCGCCGCCGGUGUCGUUAGGGGCCUCAGCUGCAGGGACCGGACCGUGAGCGUGUUGUGGCUGAAGCAGGCGGCGGCGAUGCCCAACUCCGGCGACGAGAUCUUGAGCGCGUACGAUCUAGCCAUCGAUGGCAACUUUAAUGUUUUCUACGGGAACGUUGUCGUUCGGCUACCACAUGGUGACAGUAGUCGGGGAAGCAGCAUGCACGAAGCUGUCGUGCCGCCGGCUCAGAGCAACGACGACCUUUCAUGGGUCGGACAUGUCUCCGAUCUUUGUGAGGAUGGCCACGUCCUAGUCAAGUGGGGUAAUGACAAAACGACAAAGGUGUUGCCUCAUGAGAUAGCUGUUAUCAAACUACGAAUGGUUAGUGAGAUGCUACGAGAGAUGGGGGAUUGGGUGCACGAUGACGGGGGCAUCGACGAUGCUGACAAUGCACAGGAGGAAACGACGGCCUCUCAAGCGCCCGGCGCCGCCGCUCAUGAACAAAAUCAAGGUGCUGACGACGACGAUACUGACACCGAAGAUGGCAUGCUUGUUGCAGCUUGGGCAACGGGUCCGUUACUUCUUCUGCAACGGGUCCGGGAAGUCAUCCAAAUAGCCAGCCAAGUGCUUGCUCGCUGUAAGAAGUAUAUAGUGAGUGAGCCGGCACAAAGAUCCGCGCCUUUUUCGGAUGGCAAUGGCGAUGAGGUCGGUGGUGGUGGUGCGGCGGCGGCAUCGACGAGUGAGAAUGCGGGUGGUGAUAGCGACGGCUCUGCUAGGCAAGGGGUGGUUGAUGAUUCUUUUCGUUUCCAACAGUUUGAAGUCAUGCUGCAGAGCCCUCCGGAUCACCAUUACCUCGACAACACAAAGCAGGGUAUCGGCGGAGGAAAGAAGUGGAUAAAGAGAGUGCACAAGGAAUGGAACAUUCUAGAGAACAGCUUACCUGCAUACACCGUGUACGUGCGGGCGUACGAGGACCGCAUGGACCUGCUCCGGGUGGUGAUGGUGGGGGCGAGCGGGACGCCGUACCACGACGGCCUCUUCUUCUUCGACCUGCAGCUCCCGCCGACGUUCCCCGCCGCGCCGCCGUCGGUGAACUACCGGUCGUUCGGCCUCCGCGUGAACCCCAACCUGUACCCCUCCGGCACCGUGUGCCUGAGCCUGCUCAGCACAUUCGGCGGCCAAGGAGCCGAGCUCUGGUCCCCGGAGGCUUCCAGCGUCCUCCAGAUCGUCGUCUCCAUCCAGGGCCUCGUGCUCAACGCCCAGCCGUACUACAACGAGGCCGGCUACGAGGCCCAGGUCGGCACGCCGGAGGGUCGCCGCAACGAGCUCCCGUACAGCGAGAACACCUACCUGCUCAACCUGCAGACCAUGAUCCACCUCCUGCGCCGGCCGCCGGCGGGCUUCGAGGAUUUCGUCAGGAACCACUUCCUCCACCGCGGCCGCCACGUCCUGCUCGCGUGCAAGGCGUACCUAGAGGGCCGCGUCGUGGGCACGCUCGGCGGCGAGGCGCGCGCCGCAGAUCAGGGGAGGAGCUCGGCGGGGUUCAGGCUCGCUCUCGCCAGCGUGGUGCCCCGACUUGUGGAGGCGUUCGCCGCGAUCGGCGCCCAUGGAUGCGACGAGUUCGACCGGCUAUAA